AUGGUCCCACAAAACAGACAAAGUAGAAAAUCCAAAAAACGAGAAAGUGGUGGAGCCAACAAACCCAAAAUGAAAGUGGCUCCAUGGCCAGUUAAUGAAGAAGACUGCAUACAAAAACCAACUCCUAGAUAUGCCUGGCCUGAGACACAAGUGACCACUUCUACAAAGCCAUCAGGUGAAGUGCCACUGAAGCUUUACUUCAACGUACGUUGUGAUUCUCAUGAAGAAACCUGUCCUGACUGUGCUGGUGAAGAACCAGCACUAUGGAUACCCAAAGAAAGUGCCAUCAGCACUGAAUAUACACAGAAACAAAAGAAGAGCAGCAAAGGGGUACAUGGCAGAGUAUCUUCAUUUCAGCAUCGCUCACCUUCUGCCUGUCCUGUAUCCACCAAAGAUAUUCCAGAUAACUUAUCUAAACCUAGUAUGUCAACAGAAAAUGAAGACACUGUCCAUAGCAAAGGUUUUGCCAGACGAAAACCUGCAUCAUUCUUUACUAGGAUUGCUGCAGUGCUUUCCUCAGCUUGUUCUCAUACCAAGGCAAUUCAGAAACGAAUUAAAAAGUCAUUUUACCGCUGUGUACCUUGUGUAAAUGUAUCAGCUGAAUCACAAACAGAGGAGCAGCUCGACUUCUACUGUAAGCAAAAGAAAAUUCCACAGAAACAGCACUCUGAAAUAACAAAAGGGCCUACAGAGACCAUUCCUUUCACUCAUGUAGCAGAUGAACAGUCUGAAAUAACAAAAGGGCAUACAGAGACCAUUCCUUUCACUCAUGUAGCAGACAAACAGUCUGAAAUAACAAAAGGGCAUACAGAGACCAUUCCUUUCACUCAUGUAGCAGACGAACAGUCUGAAAUAACAGAAGGGCCUACAGAGACCAUUUCUUUCACUCAUGUAGCAGACGAACAGUCUGAAAUAACAGAAGGGCCUACAGAGAUCAUUCCUUUCACUCAUGUAGCAGACGAACAGUCUGAAAUAACAGAAGGGCCUACAGAGACCAUUCCUUUCACUCAUGUAGCAGACGAACAGUCUGAAAUAACAGAAGGGCCUACAGAGACCAUUCCUUUCACUCAUGUAGCAGGCGAACAGUCUGAAAUAACAGAAGGGCCUACAGAGACCAUUCCUUUCACUCAUGUAGCAGAGGAGGCUGUAACAACACUUUCUGUAGAAAAGCAAACUUCUACUUACGUCACAGAAGUUACUCAAACAGUACAGGAAAUGAAGGAAGAAGAAAAGCCCAAAGAGCAAGUAUUUGUGACAAAGCAUCACUCACUACAGUAUACAAUGAUCAACAUGGCUCUGAACUUCCUUAGGCAGUUAUGAAAAAAGCUCCUUCAAAGAAAUGUGUGUCUGAAACUUUCACAUCAGGAUCUCCCACCAAAAGAAAAGAGCGACAAAAAAAAUGCCAGUUCUAGGAAAGAGGAAGAAUUCACAAAAAGUGAAAGUGAUUCUACCACCUACAAACGAAUCUAAGUCCGUGGGAGACAAAGCUGACAAACAUGCUUGGCGUGCAGUUGAAGACAACAAAACACACUACAAAACCAUCAGGGGAAGCACCAGAGAAUUCCACAAAAAGCAAGCAAACCUCUGGGUCAAAGGAGGGUUCAUCAACAAAUAUAGUACAUAGAAAUCAAAAUGAUGUGAACCAACCAUCCA